GUUUAUCCCACAACCGAGCUGGAGUGAACUGCUGUCUGUAAACUCGAGCAGUGAGAGUGCUGAAGCUGUUUGUCUGAUAUCUCGAGUUAUACCAAUCCAAUUAAGGCGUGUAAGAUACCAAAAGAAAGAUCUCAAGACGAGGAAUCCGUGAAGGUCUGGUUUGCAUCAAUCGGAGUAGUGUAAGGCUUCCAAAUCGUCCGAGAAAAACGCAACCUCGCAGAAACGGAUCUACACUUCUAAAGAAACGAGUUAACCGGAAAACACCCAUUCUAGGGGCUGUUUUCGUAUCAACGUUUGGGGGUUGAGCUAGCACUUUGAGGAGGCUGUUUAACACUCAUAUUUAAGCAAGGAAUCAGUUCUUAAUCCACCUUGGCCAAAGCUUUGACCAUUGGAUCAAGAAGGAAAAGUUUAAAGCUCAAUUAAGGUUGAGGCUAGGGCUUGCUUCCUGUGCUCGUUGUUCGAGAGAUCAUCUAGCAGGGAAGACUUGAAAUGGACGGUGGUGGCAAGGUUACGAGAAGGAACCCGACGGGCCCUGCACCGGUGGCGACCGGGCAGGGAAGCCGUGGGGCCUCUAGAGUGUCUAGAGGGGCGAGCCGUGGAGGCCGAUCGCACACCGUGAGCGACGGUCAUGUUGACACCGAGGAUGAAACCUACUGGUCCUAUGAGGACUCGACUUACCAACCAGAAACCGAGCCGGUUGAGACCCCUUAUGAAGGGGAUGACGAUGAUGUAAGUGAUGAAGAAGGGGAGAAUGACUCCCUAGCAAGAAUUGAGGCGCUGCUCCAGCAAUAUCAGCGGGAGCGCGAGGAAAGGAGGUAACGCCGAAGGCGCCGAGGAGGGCGAACUUCGGGUGGGGCUUCAAGAGGAAGAAGCUAUGGCGACUCUAGGGCCCACAUUGAACCACAUGGGGGCCGGGGUGACGGAGGUCCAAUCGUAAGGAUCUCGAAAUUUCUCAAAGAGGCGAGAGACUUGGGGUGCAAACCCUUCAACGGAGCAGGUGACAUCUCGGUCGCCGCAGAAUGGAUCAAGAGGUUGAACGAAGCAGCCCUUGAUAUGCAACUCACCCCCGAAGUUAAACUAAGGGUGGCGGUGAGAUUGCUUGAAGGAUGGCAUCCACAUGGUGGGACGGAGCCAAGGGAAAGUAUGGCAAUACCGUGACUUGGGAGAAUUUCCGACAGAAGUUCUUUGCCCAAUACUAUUCUGAUUUUGAGGUGCAGGCUAAGAGGAGAGAGUAUACCCUCCUGACCCAAGGUGGCAAAAUGACGGUGAGGCAACUUGAACAUUAAUUCAGGGAGCUCGCAGAGUUCAUACCGGAGUAUGUCUGUGACGAGAACCGGAUGGUAAAUCACUUCUGGGAUGCCUUAGACUUGGAGGUGCGUGAGAGGGCAACACAGUUGCCUAACAUGACCUUUAGCCAAGUGGUUGAGCAGGGAUUGAAAGGAGAGAAUGAAUGGGAAGAAAGAAAGUUGAAAAACGCCGAAGAGGCGAAGAAGAGGAAGUGGGAGAACCAUGGACCUUAGGGUCCUAACAAAAAGGGUAACCAUGGAGGAGGAGGAUCUUUUCGGACACCCCCACUGCCACCUAGGGGAAGUCAAGGCCCGGGCGGGCAAUCGCAAGCCUCGGGGGUGACUCGUUGCAAGAAUUGCAAGAGGAACCACCUGAGGAAAUGUCGUGACCCUCCUAGAUGCUACCAAUGCGGGAGCACCGGGCACAUGAAGAUGAGUUGCCCACAACUGAGCGGGGCAAGGACAUCGGGACCAAGCAGUGGUCCGACGGGUACACGGAAUCAAACUGGGGCUUCUCAAGCAAGCCGGGGACAUGGGGGAGCAAGCGCGAGCAACGCGCCAUCCGUGAAUCAAGGAAGGACUCAAGCUAGAGUCUAUGCGAUGACGGAGGCGGAUGCUCGAGCGAACCCGGAUUCCGUUGCAGGUAUUCAUCUCAUUAAAGUGUGGUAUUUUAGCCUUAUUUAAGGUGUAUAUGAUUUAGGAGUUAAGGCCCGGCCACCGUAGGGACAAAACCGGGCAUUCCGACUCACAAAAACGAAGUAUUGUCAAAUUACUCGCCCCAACCGGCGCCGGUCCAAGGCUAACCGGCGCCGGACAUGCCUAUGAGGCAGCCUGUGUGCGACCGGCCCUCCCCAACCGGCGCACAACCGGGGCAUUUUUUUCAGCCAACCAGCGCCGACCACAGGCCAACCGGCGCAGGAUCGCCCCUGGGAUGAGCCUGUGUUGAACCGGCCCUCCAUAACUGGCGCUGCUGGCCUCGAAACCCACCCAACCGGUGCCGGACCUUCCCUGGAGUGAGCCUGUUUGGAACCGGCCCAUUAUGACCGGUGCAGCUGGGACGUUUAACCCGGGCAACCGGCGCCGGUCAGGCCUAAACCGGCGCCGGUCCGAAGUCUUUUUUGGCCGAAAACUUUUCGUAACAAAGCGGGACCCACCCCGUUUGAACGGUAAAUGCACCCUAACCCUAAAUAAAGUUUAGACACGUUAAGAGUGGUGUCUUACAUGGCUUAUACAUGUAGGAACAUUAAAAAUUAAUGGGAAGGACGCACGAAUCCUUAUCGAUACCAGAGCGAAACGUUCAUUCGUGAGUGAGGCGUUCGCUGAGGGCUUAGAGAUACAAUCAAUACCAAUGACGCAAACUUUAGUAGUAUCAACACCACUAGGGGAAGACGUUGAAAGAACCAAUUACUAUCCAUCUUGUAUGGUGGAAAUCGGUGGCCAAACCUUGACGUGUGAUUUCGUACUGCUGAGUAUGAUGGAGUUCGAUGCAAUCCUAGGGAUGGAUUGGCUAGAAAAGCAUCAUGCUAGGGUAGAUUGCUACACAAAGGUCUUGGAACUCGAAGGCAAUGAUGGGGACACCCUACGCUUCGAGGGGGACCGAGGCAAAUCAAACAGGUGUAUCAUAUCCGCUGUGAGAGCGAGAAGUAUGAUGAGAAAGGGAUGUCACGCAUAUCUAGCAUACGUGGUUGACAAAACCAAGGAGGAAACGAACAUCGACGACGUGAGGGUGGUUUGUAAGUAUCCGGAUGUCUUCCCUAAAAACCUACCUGGGCUUCCACAUGAUAGGGAGAUUGAAUUUGUGAUCGAGGUCGAGCCUGGUACCAAACCAAUCUCCAUACCGCCAUACCGUAUGGCACCCGCUGAACUUAACGAGUUGAAAACCCAAUUGCAAGAGCUUUUGGAUAAUGGUUUCAUUAGACCAAGCCACUCCCCGUGGGGAGCACCAGCUCUUUUUGUGAAAAAGAAAGAUGGG